AUGCCGCAGCGAUCGCCGUUCGCGAUCCAGGAGCUGCUGGGGCUGAACGGUACCGGAAACGGAAGCGGUACCGAUCGCGGCUCGCCCCAAGGAUCACCGCCGGCCGGCGUCUCGGCCGUUUCUUACGCGCCCACGGCGCCUCAUCACAAGCUAUGGGACUACAUGCCCAGCCUGACCAAUCAUCUGGGCAAUCUGGGGAAUCUUGGGAAUCUGGGCAACCUCACGGCCUCGCGGAUGGCCUAUCUGAAUGCGCAGGCGGCCGUCGCCGCUGCCUUCCUGCCGCCGCCCCACCCCCACCCCGCGCACCACGUACCGCAUCAUCAGGUACAUCAACCGGGACAACUUCCGGCCUCACCGGCCGGUGUCAACGUGCAUCCGGGUGCACACGCGCAGCAUGUACUUCCGGGUACCGCAGUCACCGCGAACCAUCAUCAGCACAGUCCGAGUCAGCACACGCCACCCCAUGGUUUCUCUCAGUCGAAGAGUUCGUUCUCAAACACAAGCCCAGGUGUCGGGCACAAUAUAGAAUCCGGGAAAGACUUCACGGUCGACGGUCUCUCCGGUUUCAGCAAAAAGAAGAAGAAGAAGCGUCGUCAUAGGACGAUCUUCACGUCACAGCAGCUGGAGGAGCUGGAGGCAGCCUUCAAAGAAGCCCAUUAUCCCGACGUGUACGCUCGCGAGAUGCUCAGCCUUCGAACCGAUCUGCCCGAAGACAGGAUACAGGUCUGGUUUCAAAAUCGAAGAGCAAAAUGGCGCAAAACUGAGAAGUGUUGGGGCAGAAGUACCAUAAUGGCGGAGUACGGCCUGUACGGAGCUAUGGUGCGGCACUCGCUACCGCUUCCGGAGACCAUAUUGAAGAGUGCCAAGGAGAACGAGUCGGUGGCGCCAUGGUUGCUAGCUCAAUCAUCUAAGACGAGCAGCUUUAGUCAAGAUAUCGAAAAUAAUCAAGAACUGAUUGACUGUGGCCCCGCAGGGAUGCACCGGAAGUCAAUCGAAGCAGCGGAACACCUCAAGUCAGGCGGAGAGGACAGUGGAAACGAUCAUAAUGGAAGCGGAAGCAGCCCCCAUCAUAAUCAUCAUCAAGGUGGACCGACCAGUUCUGAGAGCGGACAGGAGAGUCAGGACGGCAUGGGGCCCUCUUCGUCGACAGGAAUCGUUCAGGACACGGAGCAGCUGAGGAACGAGAGCAUCGCCUGUUUAAGGGCGAAGGCUCAGCAGCAUCAGCUGCAAUUGAGCCUACAACCAACGGCUGCACCCACCAGCACCUCGUAUCCAACAGGCCCACAAUCGAGCACGCUUCACGCCCCCGUUUAAUCAUCGUUUCAUCGACAUUCCUUUCACACGAAUCAUCGGAACUAGGAGACGUUCGAUUAACUUAGAGAGAACACAAUCACGUUCGAAACUUUAACAGUUCACGUUCCCCUGAUAAUUUCGCGAAUCAUCCACGCGAAUCUCCGAUAUUCGACUCGGGGGAUCACGAAAUAUAAUAUAUAUAUAUAUACAUCAAUGUUCCCGGGAAAAUCAUGUUUCCCGCCCGA